GAGGCCUACCUUGCUGCUUAAGUCUAAAUGAUCCGCGGGCUCGCCGUUUGUGCCCUCGCCGUCUUCAAAGCACUCUCCGCUGGAUGGAUCGUCGGCACAUCCCUGGUCCGGUGCAAACAUACAAGCGGGCACUAUGGACUCUGCUGCACCCGGGCAUAUGUCCGGUUCUGUCGCCGUUAACGACGCCAUUUCUAUUAAGAGAAACAAUGCAAACGCAGCAGAAUAAAUAAAGGAAUGUAUCUCCUUCUCUGGCUUCACUAGCUAGCAUUUAACUUAGCCAUUAGCAAAGACAGAAAGUUAGAUUGAUUAUCACAGCCAGCUAGCUAACGUUAAUGCUAACCAAACAUCAAACUUGCUCUUAUAAUAUGUAACACACACAUUCAAAUUUUUGGAAAUCUAAAUGGUUAAUGAAGUAGAAUUAUACAAUUUAAUCUCUUAUGAAAUGAAGGCAUACCAGAAGUUGCUGACAAGCUAACUUAGUUGUUUAUUCGGUGUUAGCUUCGGCUUCUAAGCACUGAAUGUAUGGCACGCCCAUCACAAAAUGGAGACAGGGGAUUGGUUACACCACGUAAAGUCACGCCCACUGUGAUGAAGUACAACACACUGAUAUCAGCGUGCUGCUCGGCGUCACUAGGGUUAUAUAAACAACUCACCUGCCUGCAGAGCUUUGUCACAGGAGGCACAACCCACUGAAGAGAGCCAAGAUGAAAGUGAGAGACAUGACAUUCAGGGAGGGGCAGGAGUUCAAGAUCCGCAUCAAGCCCAAGGACAGCUGCAGCUCCUUUGCCAUCAACAUCGGUCAUGAUUCGGAAAACAUUGCGAUGCACUUCAACCCUCGUUUUGACACCAACACCAUUGUCUUCAACUCCUUGUCUGGCGGGUGCUGGGGUGAUGAGUUCACAGAGGGAAACUUCCCCUUCGUUCGUGGGGAGGAAUGCAAGUUUUACGUCAGCUUCAGCAAUGGGCAGUUUUACAUCAGGCUUCCUGAUGGCUCUAUUUUGAACUUCCCCAACAGACUGGGAGACAUGAAGUACAAGUACUUUGAUGUCAGCGGUGACGCAAGGAUUGUUGGCAUCAAGAUCAAGUAGAGGUUGACUCUUCUUAACCCUUUGACUCUUCCAUCCACCUUUUGUUUGUUGCUGAAAUAAUCUGUUUUACAUUUUCUCCUCCUGAUGUUUAUGGGAAAAUAACACUAGAAACCUUUACCAACAUGGAGUGUUAAUGUUGUAAUAAGAGGAAAUUGCCUAAAGAGGGAGCCACAGCACAUCUUACCUCACUGUGCUUGCUUGACAUC